CUGGGGCUCUCUAACUCCGGUAUCUCCGGUCGAUCUGCCACACAACUUCAAAGCUGAGCAAGUGUCCACUGAUCCGAUCCGUCUCACCACCGGCACUUGUUUUGCUGCACACAGGAAACACAAAGCACAAUGGUGGAUGGUCCCCGAAACCGAAAACAAAGACGAGCGGCUGCCAACGAUGCAUGUGGCGACUUCUCGAUCCCCCUAGCCUACCCUCCCACCGAGGGAGACGCGCCGAAAUCCAAAACACUGUAUGAGGUGAUCGCUGAGCGACAGCGAGAGCUUCAAGCGAAGCAGGGGAUCUCCGCAGGACCCGAUACCUUUGACCCCAGCAAACUUCCCAAGGGUACGCGGAUGGUGACUGUGGAUGGGAGCGGAAAGAUCAUACCUCUCGACGAGACAGACAGAUCAUCGAUAUCAUCGACAGCAGAGGACGAAAGAGAAACAGAAACAGAAGGAGAAGGAGAAGAAGAAGAAGAAGCCAUCCCCCCCUUCAUCGACACCCUGCUUCUCUCCUUCCCCCUCUCCGCCCUACAUCUGACACUCGCCUACCUCGCCGCACACCAGUACGCGCAAGAGAUCCAUCUGGGUGCUUUGAUCCACGAGUCUGUGGUCAUUGUGUUUCCCCUCCUGACAUUCCUCAUCCACCUUGCCCAUGGCCAUAUAAUAUCUUUCGGAAAGAAAAACAUCAACAACAACAACAACAACAACAAGAAGAAGAAGAAGGACGAACGCCCGCUUUCUACUACCCUGCUGCAACUCACCUUCCCGCCGCGAACCCUCCUCUUCCUCCCAUUGGCAAUCUACCUCGGCGCCCGCCUCAUCGAACUCACCAACGACGACCCAUAUUACGCGGUGAUGAAGCGGGCGCCCGCCAUCGGCACGAUGUGGGUGUGGUCUAUCCUCGAGAUGUCAGUGGGGGGGGCCUUUCUGGGAGCAUUGGCGCCGUUGUCUUGGGGGGUAUGGUAUAAGGGAUAUAUUCUGUUCUAGCCUGAGGUCUCUCAAAUCAUUUCGGCGUAUAAAUUGGAUAAAUUCGGGGGUUACAACUGGAAUUAAUAAUAUCUGCAUGG